AGCGUUCAUAGAGACGUACAUCAGUGAGCCAGAGAGGUUUCAAACUUUAAUUUGCCUUGUAUUACGCACCUAAUAACAUAUAAUAGAACUAGCUACAAACGUGAAACGACCCUUCAAAAAAGGAUACAGCUAAUUCAAUAACAUGGAUUGUGAGGACAGUGCCAGCAUGUCUCUUCCCCACCACCCUGAUCCCGAACCUACAGAGUCACUGGGUCCUGACUGUAACAGUGGAACUCUUGCACUGCUGCUGGAAGACUGCAUUAAUCUGCUGGGCCCAAAUGCAGAGUCUAUGAAACUCGAGGAGGAUUGUGAGGACAGUCCCAUCCUGUCUCUUCCUCACCAACCUGAGCCCAAUUCGCCCCACAAGUGGGUAACAGUACUGCUGGAAGACUGCAGAAAAUCACAGAGUACUGGCUGUAACAGUGGAGCUCAGUGGACACUACUACCUCUCAAGAGAGUUAGAGUACAGGUGGAGGACUGCAGGAAGAAGCUGGGUCCGAAUGCACAAUCUAUACAAGUUGAGGUUGUUGAUAGCAGAGGAUCAACUCAUCCAGACCCUCUCACUCACACAGGUGUAAAGCCCAACCAACAUGGAGAGCUUGGCGAGAACUCCUCUUCACCAGCAGAACAUGGAGAGAUCUCUGCUCCUGGAGAGCUUGGCGAGAACUCCUCUUCACCAGCAGAACAUGGAGAGAUCUCUGCUCCAGGAGAGCUUGGACAGAACUCAUCUGCAAUAGAUCUUAAACUGAAGGAUACCAACAAAACAAAAAGACCUCACCACUGUUCUCAGUGUGGUAAGAGUUUCAAAACAUCAAAUGAUCUAAAAGUACAUCAGAGAAUUCACACUGGAGAGAAACCUUACCACUGCCCAUAUUGUGGGAAGAAUUUCGCUCAGCCUGGUUAUUUUAAUGUACACCUGCGACAGCACACUGGAGAAAAGCCUUACCAAUGCUCUGAGUGUGAUCAAUGUUUUUCCCGUCCUGACAGUUUUAAAUUACACCAAAAAGUUCACAUGAAAAUUCAUACUGAAAAGAAGCCUUACCGCUGCUCUGACUGUGGGAAGAAUUUCUCUCAGGCGAGUUACUUUAAGAUACACCAACGAAUUCACACUGGAGAAAAACCCUUUCACUGCUCUGGCUGCGAGAAGCGCUUCACUACAUCAGCUGAAUUGAAAUUGCAUGAGCGGGUACAUUCAGGAGUUAAACCUCACCACUGCACUGACUGUGGGAAGAGUUUUUCUGUACUUUCUCGAUUACGAAGACAUCAACUUUCACACACUGGAGAAAAGCCUUUCUCCUGUCAACAGUGUGGAAAAGGUUUCCCUGAGAAAUUUAGUUUACUAACACACCAGCAAAUACACAUAGGAGAGAAGGCUUUUAACUGCUCGGACUGUGGGAAGAGUUUUACCUUAAAACGUUACUUAACAAUUCAUCAAAGAUCACACACUGGACAGAAGCCGUACAAAUGCUCUGUCUGUGGGAAGGAAUUUGCACGAGGCAGCAACUUCAUAGCACACCAGCGAGUACAUACAGGAGAGAAGCCUUACUCCUGCUCCUUUUGUGAGAAACGAUGCUAUACAUCAACUGAUCUAAAAAUUCAUCAGAGAAUGCACACAGGAGAGAAACCAUUCCCUUGCCCUGACUGUGAAAAACGCUUCAGUGCAAAAGUUCAACUAACAGCUCAUCAGAGAGUACACACAGGAGAGUUGCCUUACUCCUGCUGUGAAUGUGGGAGGGGCUACCCACACCUGCAAAGUUUGAAGUACCACCGGCAAAAACAACACAAAUUGAAAAUCUCACCACUAAAGAAGACUAAGAAGAACACAAUGAAAUAACAAUGUGCUAAAUUUCUCAUUGUCAAUCCGAGCAAGAUAUUGUUGAGUCAGUUGAUACUUGAAAGGGGCUUUGUAUCACAGUUAAGUGUGAAUUGAGAUGUUCAACAUUAGGAUCUCCUUCAUACACCAGAGAACACGCACUGGAGAAAACCCUUGAAAGGUGUGGUUAUGCUUUAAUAUAUUAUUUGCUAUUUCGAUGGCAGUGUACGACAUAGGGCCCGUUUCCCAGAAACUAGUCCUGGAUUAAGCUAUUUCAGAGGUUUUCCCAUUGCGCAAGAGGUGUGUGAAGAUGUUUAGGAAUAAUUUGUGCACUGAUUACAGACCAGUCAUGUAUAGCAGCAGGCAGCCCACUCAGUCAUAUUUCAAUCAGUAAUGUAUUGAUCUUUGCGGUGUACAGCCCUGCCUCAUGUAAGCAAUAGGUAAAGACACAUUCACAUAUGGACACAAUGUUUCCUUCUGACCUCCUUUGCCCUAUUCUCUUUCUGAUAUUCUGCUUAGCAACAGGGACAUGUGAUAGACAAGCCUGAUUUCUCCCCUCUCUGGGCCCCAGGUGACUGAGGCCCAUAUGAGGGAGGAAGUGCAGCUGCCAACACCAGAGUACGAAAGGAGACAUUUUAAUAACAACAGUUCAAUCAUAAGCAUAUUCUGCAGAUAAGACAUCUUAACUAUCUAUGUUACUUAGCUAAUUCAGAUUUCUCCACCACAAGCCUUAUUCUAAAAUGGAUGAAAUAAAUAAUAAUCCUCAUCAUUCUACAAACAAUACCCCAUAAUUACAAAGUGAA